AAUAUUAUCCUCAUUACUAAACAACGCGGUAAGCUAAGAGUGCGUGUGUUAGGGCUAGCAGAAUGUGGGACAAAAUUGUGUUAUUCGUUACAAUAUGUUUAAUAACUUUUUUUGUGAGGAAAAUAAUAUCACCAAAACCGAGUAAAAUACAGUUUUAUUCCUAUUUUGCUUUUUUCUACGUGGCAAGUUCUCUACUGGCAUGUGUAAUUUGGCCGUACUUCUUGUUGAGCCCGAAAAAUGUAAGGAAUGCAAAGGUAUCCGCCAAUAUACUAAAGCAUAUAACAAAGUUAUUAGACAUAAAGUGGGAACUCCGGAAUGGCGAUAUCCUAACAGAAGACCGAGGAGCUGUGAUAGUAUCUAAUCAUCAGUCUGCCUUUGACAUCCUUGGCAUGUUCAAUGUGUGGGGAGUAGUUGGUAAAAUGACAGCUAUAGCCAAGAAGGAAAUAUUUUAUGUAUGGCCUUUUGGGUUGGCGGCAUACUUUGCCGGUGUGGUCUUUAUAGACCGCAGUAACGCUAAAAAGUCAUACGAGCAACUGAAGAUCACGUCAGAUGUUAUGGUGAAUCAGAAGGUUAAAAUUUGGCUGUUCCCAGAAGGUACCAGGAACAAAGACUACACUAAAAUGCUACCGUUUAAGAAAGGUGCAUUUGCAAUGGCAAUAUCUGCUCAAGUGCCCAUCAUUCCUGUAGUGUUCUCUCCAUACUAUUUCAUAAAUAGGAAAAAAUAUUUGUUUCAAAAAGGUCAUAUAGUCAUUCAAUGUCUCAAACCUGUUUCAACCAAAGGCAUGACUUUAGACGACGUGCCGAAAUUAAUGGAGGAGGUGCGGACUUCCAUGGAAGCUACAUAUGACCAGCUCGCUAAUGAGGUAGUGGGCAAUUUGCCGAAGAAUUACCAGCACACAACAGUGGGAUAACAAUAGUAUAAGGAUGCUACGUUCACUCCAGGUCUAUAACAUAUAGGAAAACAAGAAAAACUGAACCUAUUGACUUGACUGUCCAAAUUGUAGGAAUGGGUCUCAGAGGACAAUUGAACGCUAAGCGCCUUAACCUGCAUUUAGAACCGAAAUUGUAUUGAAAUUGUGCUCACUGAUUUGUAUGAGCUAUUCAUUAGAUCAAAACUGAUAUGUGUACGAUAUUAACUGAAGAAGGAGAUUGUAGUAUGGAGAUUUAAGAUGAAAUAAAAAUAACUGAUGUAUUGAGAUAAUAAAAAUAAAAAAUAAAAUACGUUUAUUACCAUAACACAAAAAGAGUACAGCAAUGGAAUAAAAAAGUAAGCAAAAUAAGAGCUAA